CAUCCUUGAGCUGCUGUGCCUCCAUUCUUAGCAGACGGGUCCAAAGUCAAUCGAGCUUCAUCCACUCCCUCCUAAUAUAACCGGGCACUCUACUGCCUCCUCCACAAACCAAUCACCUAUCCUCGCAGCAACGAGCAUACCUACUCAUCUAAUACUCCGCCACCGCGAGGGGGCCGCAGCGAGGGUUCCGGGCACCAAGCCUUUGCUAGACCUACUAAAGUGGAUCCCUGUGCUCAACCUUAACCUAUACAUAUCCACCCUGGCUCGACUACCGAACACACCCAUUAGCGGUUGACUAGCUUUGGUUUGCUAUCGCCCAGUCGAUAAAGGUUACUAUCUGCACUGUAACUCCGUAGUCCUCGACACAUUGACCGCUCGCAGACUCCAUUCUGACACCCAGGUGUAUGCCCCGAGAGCAGUUCCCUUCACUCGACCACCCGACUCUGCCGUCUGACUGCCACCAUUACACUCAACAUGACAAACUUCCUGCCUUCAGAUGCAGAACUCGCAUUCUUCGAGCAAGAUGGCGGAUAUGGCUAUACUUUUCCGUCCAGCAACUGUCAGACGCCUCCCAGUAUCAUAUAUUCACCACCACUCCAACAACACGCACAUGGGUCCGGUUUAGCUCAAUUCAGCGUUGGACCAGUAUAUACACGACCGCAAGAAUACAGACCCAUGAUGAUGUCUUCAUAUCCUGCACAAUCGUACUGGACUUCCCAGGGUUCCCAAGCCCUGACAAUCCCGCAAAGAGAUGCGUCCUUUGCGACUUAUCCUCUGUCGAGCGCGCAUUCAGGUCAGACACUGAGCCCUGAAAUUGGUUUCCAAUCGCAUUCCGUCACCCCAACGCGGGUGUCAAGAUCACUUUCGGCUUCUUCUGCAGGGGGACUAGAGGUUCCCAGGAGUAGUCGUUCUUCUCCUUCACGAUCCGUUUCUCCAGGCUCGCCAGAUCUUCGAGCAUACGGGAUACCGAACAAGAACGGGACUUGGAGUUGCGCCUAUCCGGGUUGCACUUCAAAGGCGGUCUUUUCGAGAGGCUGUGAUCUUAGAAAACACCACAAGAGACAUACAAAGUCGUUCUUUUGUCACUACGAGGGCUGCCCGCAAUCCACUGGUGGUGGGUUUUCUAGCAAGAAAGACCUGCAAAGACAUGAAGCACGCCACAACCCAGGUGUCCUUUGUGAAUGGGAGGGCUGCGAUAGAGUGUUCAGCAGAGUGGACAACAUGAGGGAUCAUGUAAAACGCAUCCAUCAGAAGGUACACCGAUAGCAACUAGGUUCGGGGCCACACUGAUAGUGAUUCUGCCUCCCAACCGUCGGUUCUUCA